GUUACCCACGCGGUGCGUCACUAGCAUGCGCCGACAGUUGAAGGGUGGCGAAAGGAGGUUUGGGUAAAUUCCCCGAGAAGUCUGGAGAGGAAGUCCGCGUCCGGUUUUCCUACUGGAACCAUUGGCGCAGUCCCGGUGUAGUUCGAUAGUCCUCGCCACGGUGCGCUUUAACGUGUCGCACCCACGGCCACGCUCACGCCUGUGAGUGGGGAGUGGGGGGCGACGUUGUUAGCGGGCUCCUCGGCUAGCUAACAAAUGAAUCCGUACGUGGUGGAAGCUUUCUCCGGGGGCCCCGAGUCCACCCCCACGGCCGAGAACACCGAGUCAAAGUUAGCGUUAGCAGAAGCCAUGCAGUGAAGAGGUAACUCCGUCUUCUGCUCGGGGAGGAGGUGGUGGUGGAGGUGGGGACAAAAAAUACCCCCGCCAGCUCCGCGCUGCGACGCUGCGCGGUUUCGUACCCGAUGGAGGACACCGUGGUAGGGCUUCCCGCCAAUUUGGAGAAUUCGGCUCUAAUUCCUUCCGUUGGACUGCCCUUGUAGAACGCUUUCGCCAUGGCUUCCUGGAAGGUGGAGGAGCAACCAAGUGACACCAUGGAUUUGGCCUCAGCGCAGCUUUCCCGAUGCGGCCCCGAUGACAUCACGGAAGAGCCUCAGCCUCAGCUCAACACCGCGGUGAAAUCCCAGAAAUCUGGGAAAUUUAGGAGGACCGCCCUGACAUUUUUUGGAGUUCGUAAAAGCAUGUGUAUUCUACCUAGUUUCUUUGGAGGAAGGAGUAGAAAUCCCAGCAAGUGGACGUCUAAGAAAGGAAUCGGCAAAAGCAGUACACACGAUGGGCUGAGUAAGGUCAGCCAUGACGAUAAUCUGAGCCGUCGGUGCACCUCAGCUAGAGAUUGUGAGUACCUCGGUCAGAAGGACUCGGCUGCAGGGCUCCACGCUAGCUGUCCCAAUGAAUGUAGUCACUCCAAUGCGGACCAGAAGUCACUGACUCUUCCCCGGCAGAGGAGGGGUUUGAGGAGCCUUUUUCAAAGUUUCAAGUCUCACAGACAAUCCCACAGAAACGUGGGAUUGGAUAAAACUGAGAUGAUUGCAAUGUCCUCUCCUCGCUGCGAGAAAGAGGUGCCUGUUGUCCAGGACAACGAUAACCAGUAUGUCACAGAGUGCCUGGAUUCUGAACCGGAUGUGCCUGAUUCUGCAAAUGUUGCGUGCAAUGUUUCCAUCGGCGGCGAAUGUACCGACGCUGACGAGGCGCCGUCGGAGAAGAGUGCGGAGCGAGGCAGCACAAAGCCUGAGCUUGACGGGGAGACGUGUGACGAGGAAACGGAGGAGAUGGAUUCGGUGGUCGUGGAUCCGAGCGACCUGAAGGAGAGUAUGAGAGGACACAGCGAGCCCUGUCUGGCUCUUCAGACGGCGUCCGAGCCCACGGCGGAAAAGUCGGAAACGCCCGCCGGCUCGUCAGAGCAGCUGAACCUGAUUUAUGGAGACGUUGCUUCGUUGAAGAGCUUCGACUCCCUCACCGGCUGCGGGGACAUCAUUGCGGAUCAAGAAGACGACAGCGUCACGGAGAGCUCCGUGUCCGGAGAAAGGAGCAGAAGUGGAGGAAAGAGGGCCUCUUGUUAUCUCACAUACCAGGGUGGCGGCGAGGAAAUGGCUUCACCCGAGGACUUGGACGAGGAGUGUCUCCACGACUUCUGGGCAACUAACGCGUCGGAGGACAUUUGCUGCACUUACAGCCAAGAGCACACAGACAUGACUGCCGACCUGACGAGUUCUCACAAUAUGGACCUGCUGAACAGCAACAGCGCGCAGCAAGGCAGCGGCAUGGACGCGUCUUCCAUCGCCGACGUGCUAACGCCUCAAAGUGAGCAUCAAGAGUCCGUCCCGACUAGCGACGAGGGCUACUACGACUCAACGACGCCAGGUCCGGAGGACGGACAGGACAAAGCGGACGGGCUGAGGGCGGAGAAGCUCCCCAGGGACAGUUACAGCGGCGACGCCCUCUACGAACUUUUUGCACCCGACGAGAGUCUCAUCAGCCCCCAUUACGAGAGCAAAUCCAAACUGGCCGGUUCCAAACCGUGCGAGUAUUUAAGCCAACCCGUCGACGCGACCGACUCCGCCUUUGUCCCGGACAUGAAUCGGUUACAGAUAAGCAGGGAAAUGUACGAGGUGCGAGACUUUCUGGAGAUCGGUCGGCAAGAAAUGGGCACGAUGAAGAACCGCAACGUGGCCGCUUCUUUCAACAGGAACGACGUGGACCGUGAUGUGUUUGAUGAAAAGGGAAAUAAGCUCGCUGCUACUGAGAAAAGAAGAAAAUCCAUAACUGCCGAUUGUGAGAAGAGGCACAGCAGCGUGUCGUUCGGGAGCACAUCCGAUCCGGAUUUUGAAACCUUUUGCGAACCCAAAGAGCAACACCUCGAGGAGAACAAGCCCGUGGCUCUGCCCUACAAGAACAUCAACUCUCGGUCCCCCGCCGAGAGCCUCGCCGUGGACGACCGGCAAACAGUGUGUUUCUCUCAGGCGCUGGUGGACUACACAAAGCGCUCCCAGAUGCUGCGCGACUCGGGCCGCGGGGCGGACGACACGGAGACUAACCCCGCCUUCACGCCGAACAUGCAGGCCUUGCCCACCAUCGUCACGUUCGACGUGGUGGACAUGCACAACGAGGGCGAAUACGGCGAGCAGAUUCACAUGGACCUGGAGGAGGACAUUUCGUCGCCCUAUCGGGGGUUCGAGGAGAGCUACACGCAGAAAGACGCAUUCGCUGAAUGCGACUAUCAAAUGUUGGACCUGUACGAGCAGAACCUGGUCGGCGGCACGUGGGCCAUCGCGAGCCUCCCGCGGCACGCCGGCCUCAAAAGAGUCAGCCAGACCGCGUCCAAUCCGCUGUCUCUAGACAGGAGGAGCAGGUCUCUGGACACGGACAGCCUCCAGCUGAAGAUGCCCGACCGAUACCGAGAGAACGCCGCUGCUUUUCCCCCGACCGAGAGGGACCCCGAAAGGGAUUCCUCGCCGCAUUGCAAAAAGAAUGUACUCGCGUCGGAGGUCAGAGUCGGUAGCAACAUUGUGGCCUUUUCGUGGCAAACCAGGUCAGAAAUGGCUUUGAGCCUUCCCCUAACAGACAGAGAAUUCAGCGGGAAAGUCCGGAGUCUCAGUCGGACCCCAGUUCAACGGCAAAUGUUUUACGGCGCACCCGGCAGCAACCGCGCCAACAUUAAAUCGCAACUCUGCUGCGCGAAGCCGUCGGGCCGAGCGUCCUGUGGUCCAAGUUUGCAGAGCAGAGAGCCAUGCAACAGGCCGUGUCCACUUCCGGCGCGGUCAGAAUCUGGUUUACCUCGUGCAUAUCCUGGAGCAACGGACGUCGAGUCGGAGGAUGUCAAUGACAAGGAUGUUUUUUGUAACGCCGUGGGUAGUUUGCAGUCCUACAAUCGGUGUGGUAAAAGGGGAGGGACGUCCCAUGCGGCGGGUCCCCCGGACGCGGGCGCGUCUCUAGGUGAACCGACCGCAGCCAGAGAUGUGGCCGGAAGCAACCUUUGAUCAACAGGGUCCUGGAGUUUUAAAUCCAAUUUAUUUGUGCUAAUGAGUUGUUUUGUUAUGUCACUUCCGUGGCAGCAACUGUUCUUUUCUACUUGUAUCACAGGCUCAUUGAACACGUCAACGUACCUGGCUAGAGAUGUGGGGGGCAGUCUUAUUGGGAAGGUCAAAAGGAUUGUCUGCAUUUCCACAGUAGUUUAUUUCACAAAGGCCGCACAUGCAACACGCACACACACGUCUAUUGAACACAGAAAGUGUUUAAGCAAGUAAUCAUUGUAUUUGCUCUGAAAGUGCUCUCAGAUUCAUCUCAUUAAGCUGUUGAAUAUUACAAGAAUGUUUCAUGCCCACGCCUAGCCUCAGUGUCCAGGUCUCAUUAUUGAGGUCGCACUUUGUUUAUUGGAUAGUCAUCAGUCCGGUUUCCAUAGCAAAGCCAAACCAGGGCGAGAUGAAUCUUGCUUUCGUUGCCAGUUGCCUCAAAACGCGCACGCUUAUGCUUUAAGUGAUGGCUUAUAUUUACAACUUAUUUCACAGCCUUUCGUUACUCAAAUGUUUUAUUUCUAGCUGGUUUCUUGAUGUUUUCAUGUCAGAACAGAUUGGGUUUAGGGAUCAACGGGAGGACAUAUCAAUUCCCAGGGAGGAACAGUCUUGUCCGUAAUGCAAAACGUGUGUUGAAAUGCAUUAAGCUGUUGCACUUGUCUGCAAAAUGUCUGACAGCGAGUUCUCCCUCUGGAGGCAGAACAGCAUCAGCAUACGUUGGACCUGUACGGACCGAAUGGUAGUUCCUGCAUCUCGACUGCAGCUGCAUAGUCCAUUUACAUACUGUAGCCGGCUUCAGGGCAUCUCGUAAACCACAGCACAUUUCACACAAAGUUAUCCAGUGUGAGGGUGUAAGUGCUUUACAUAAGAGGUUGAAGAAAUGGUCAAAAAGUAAAAUAAAUGUAAAAGGGUAGAGUAAAAAUGACAACUUUCAGAACAUAUUUCAAAUGUGCUGUUUUAUUUGCGGCUCAACCAACUGAAUCAGUCUCACUAUGCUUGUUCUUUCUCCCAUUUCCCAACAGCUGUCAAGUUAAAAUUCUUGCUGAAAUGAUGGUCUACAUUACUGUACGCUUGUGGAAACGUAGUUGGACUUUGUUUAGAUUUUGAAAUCACACGUCAAAAGUUAAACUGGUGUUUUUUCCUUGUAUUAUUUUCUUGUGCAUUUAAUUUUUGAUCAGUCAGAGGUUUCAGAUGUAGUGUAAUACUGAAGAAAUGUCAAAGAAUUUGUAUUUAUAUCCUCAGCUAUUUGUACACUGUUAACAUUGUAUCAGAAUGAUGAUUGCAGAUGGUCAAUAUUGUUUCUGUUUUUAUUAAGUUGCAUCCAUCUUACUUUAAGGGGUUCCUCUUGAAAACCUGUUACUAUUUGGUCACAGUAGAAUACUGCCUUAUACAAAAAUAAAAUGUUUUUUUCCAUUUUC